AGCCGAGCCGAGCCGUGCCGAGCCUCCUCCCGGCGGGGCCCCCCCUCCGGCUCCGCGCAACAGUUGCCCCCCCAAGAAGUCGUGGCCAGCCCUGGUCCCCCCCCCCCCCCCCCAGCCCGAACCCUUGGAGAGCCCCCUCGGCUCCAGGAGGAGGAGGAGGAGGAAGAAGAGGCUGGGGGGCGAGCUGCGAGGAGCCCCCGCCGCUCUCGUCGGCCCGGUGCCGGGGGCAGGAGCCCCGCCGAGCCCGGUGCGCGCCCCCCCCCCCCCCCCCCCCCCCGCCGCAGCCAUGGAGCGGGGCGGCGGGGCCGUGCCUCGGCUCCUCCGAGCCGGGCUCGCCCGUCCUCGCCUCCUCUUGCCGGAGCGGAGCCGCCCUGCCGCCGGCCACCGGCCUCCCUGCUGAGCUGCGGGGGGCUCCGAGCCCCGGCCGGCACCCCCGAACCCUUGGUGCGCCCCCCGAGCCCUUUGGUGGGCAUCCUCCUGUCCCUUCGUGCGCCUUCCAAACUCCUUGUGCAUCCCUCUUGUGCGUCCCCCUAAACCCCUUGUGUGUCCCCCCUACCCCUUUCUGCAUCCCUCUGUGCACCCCUAAACACCCUGCGCAUCCCCCCCACCCUCCUCUGCAUCCCCCUGUGUACCCCUUUGUGCCUCCCCCUGUGCACCCCUAAUCCCCCUGUGCCUCCCCCUGUGCGCCCCCAAUCUCCUCUUGCCCCCCCUGUGUGCCCCCCACCCUCGCAUGCAGCCGCAGGGCCACGGGGGCCGGGGACGCUCGCCAUGGGCACCAAGCAGACCAAGGGCUGCCAGCCGGGCAGCGCCGGGGAGAGCCCCCCGACCCACCAGCGCAAGAAAGCGUCCCCCAGGGACCGGGGGGACUUCCUCGCCUCCCUCGUGGUGAAGUCCGGAGAGAAGUUUGGCAAGGGUGCCGGCAGCCUGCCCCCCUACCACCGGCGGAUCUGCAUGAUCCAGGACAUGCUGGUGCUGGUGAAGCAGGGGAAGCAGGAGGAGGCCACCGAGCUGCUGAGACACCUGCGGCAGGACUUAGGAAUGGAGUCGACCUCUCUGGAUGAUGUUCUCUAUCGAUACGCCAGCUUUCGAAACCUCGUGGAUCCGAUCACUCACGACUUGAUCAUCAGUCUUGCUAGGUACAUCCACUGCCCCAAGCCGGAGGGGGACUCCCUUGGGGCCAUGGAGAAGCUCUGCCGGCAGCUCACCUACCACCUCAGCCCCCACUCGCAGUGGAGACGCCAAGGCAUCAUGAAGAGGAAGCCGCAGUCCUGCCUGAAGGCCGUGCUGAUGGGCAAGCCGCAGGACAACACGGUGGACUUGUCGGGCAUCCCGCUGACGCUGAAGGACCUUGAGCGCAUCGCGUCCUACCUGCAGCACAGCUCGGAGCACAUCGACACGGUGGAGCUGUGCUUCACCGAGCUGACGGACGAGAUGCUGCUGCAGCUGCUGCCGGCGCUCUGCGUGCUGCCCCACCUCACCACCCUCUCCCUCAACGGCAACCGGCUGACCAAAGCCAUCCUGCGGGACCUCACCGAAACCCUGAAGGACCCCAAAAAGUUCCCCAGCGUCACCUGGAUCGACCUCGGCAACAAUGUGGACAUCUUCUCGUUGCCCCAGCCCUUCUUGGUCAGCCUCAAGAGACGAUGCCCCAAGCAAGGCAACUUACCGACCAUCCUGGAGUUCGGCGAGGGGCAGGUGAGCGAUUUGGAGAGCCAGGAUGGCCAGGCCGAGAGCCAGGAGGACCUGCAAGCCGACGAGGGUGAUAAAACUGGAGCGGGCAUGACCGACAGCACAGGCUCUCAGCCGACGGACAGGACGGUGGAGGCUGGGACGCUGCCAGGCUCGGAGCAAGGUGCCGCCACACCACAGACGUGAUGCUCGGCUCCGCAGUGGGCGCGUUGGGCAGGGGUGGCAAACCCGAGACCUCCACAACGGGGGUCCUGGCAGAGGGUGGACGCAGGCGGCGGGGAUGCUCUGGGAGUGCAGAGCAUCGCCUGCCUCCCCUGCGAUGAACGUCGACGUCGUUCUUCUUGACGAACACACGGACGGGAUGGCGGUGAAUAUUUACGUUGUAGGAAAGCUGGCCGGGUAUUUUUAAACAUUAGUGCUAUGCUUUUUUAACUCCUUAAAAACGCAUUGUCAAGGUGGUGUAAGACAAGGCCCUUAGAAGAGCACAGAACCGGAGAAGGAAGGUGACCAGGUCUUACAGGAUCCCGGCUGGUCAGACAGAUGCCACAGCAGGACUUCAGACCUCUCCCACUCUGACUUCAGGAGCUGCUGCUGAAUAGCGUGCCUGGUGAGAUGAGCCCAAAGCCUGAUCGCACGCUAAGCGGGGAUGUUCCCGCUACCAGCAUGCCAGCCCCACGGGAGGGCUUUGCCUUCCUGGUGCUGGCGCGGAGCUAGAUCCCGUGCCUGGAUGCUGCCCUCUCCAGCCUUACCAGAACUGGGCUGGCCCCGCUGCCCGCCUGGGGUUUAUUUGGCUGUAAAAUCCCCUUUCCCACCGGCCUUGCUGCUGUGAUGACUCCAGGCCUUCCUUGAGGUACCUGGAGCUGGCACCAGGGCACUUGGUCUGUCCCAGGGAGUGAGCUGUGAAGUCCAGAGCUGGGGCUCAGCUCAGGCUCGUUGCUGUUACUGCCAGAAGAGGCCACAAUCCCAGAGGUUUUUAAAAAAGAAAAAAAGAAAAAAAGAAACCCAGCCCCUGGGGUUUUCUCCCCUGUGUCACUGCCAUUCAGGACUGGGUGGAUGCGACCAGCCAAAGCCUCAAAGCCUCAGAAAGGUUUUUGCGUCACUUGGCUGUGUUCACCCCCACCCGGACCAGAAGUGCUUUGUUUGUAAAAUGUUUUGCUCUGUUUUUUUUUUUUAAGAGACAUUGAUUUUAUUUUAUUUUUGGAUGGAAAACAGAUCACAACAGAGCAUCAGCGUGGGAAUGCACUUUGGCUUCUGAACCAGAUUUUCAUUUGAUCCUAAACCUGGGGGAGGGCAGGAAAGUGGGAAAUACUUCCCCUCCCAUUCAAAGGACCAAACAGGACUCCCCUUGCUGAGAGGGAGCCCCUCUGUAUCUGUUCACAGCCCUUCCCCUGACCAGCCUUGCAGCAUCAUUUUCUGCCUCGGAGCAGUGACCCUCUGGCUUUGAUUUUUCUGGGUGUAAACAGACUUUUUGAUCGUUCUUUGGGUUCUCUUUGUUUAACAUCACUGCACAGGAAGCUGCACACCAUUUCCAGGGGGGUUCAUGCUGUUGGUUGUUGUUUCUCCUCCAUAUGCAAGUAAGUAACUUAGAAGAAACUCUGCUACUCGUUUUACUACAUUUGGCAAAGUUCAGUAUGAUUUGCAUGUAUCCAAGCCUUUUUUUUAAUGCUCUUUCCAACAGGCAUGAAGAAUCUUUGCAGUGAAUAAACUGUUCUGUUUGAAAUAAAGGAGCUAUCCGUAAUCAAAAUAAAUGACAAUGUUUAAUA